CUAUGCAUAUCGAAUCCCAUACUUUCUGAUUUGUUGACUUUGGACAAGAAGGGAGUUCAUCGCAUUCGGGCAGCAUCGCAGCCUCCUCGACCAUGGCCACUACCAGACGUUUGUCCCGAGAGGAAUUCUACGCUACCCUCGCCAAACAGAGUCGACCUAGCCAUCGUCCCUCCUGGUAUUUAUCGGCCUUCGCAUGUCUCGCCGCGCUGAACCAUUCGGAAGAAGUUGCUUCACUUUACACGCUCCUCCUCGAGUCUUAUAUUGCCGAAAACGAGCGCAUGCACCAAACAAGAAUGAUUCGAGAGGCAUUGACCACCUUGGUGGGGAUCCUUGGGGCAGCGAAGGUUGGCAACGCGCUGAGAAGCCUGUCCGACGUGACACCCGAUGACUUGCGGGAUGACAAAUGCUAUCGGAAAGAUGACGACCACGAACUGGCUGUGGCCCGUGGAAAGAAGUUCAUCGAGAGCGUGUACGGUAAGAGUAGCGAAAACAAAAGGGGCGCAAAAUCUCAGAAAGCCUGUCCGGACUACGAUUUUAUUAUGACAGAACUUCUUUACUCACACGUCUUCUCAUUUCCGGACAUUCUGCCUGUUUUUGAGACUGGCCAGAUCAUUGUGUCGGCCGUGUUGGCCAGCGACUGUCCACUUCAAGCUUCAGGCCACAUGUUGGGGAUGAUGAGGAAUGGAGCCACCAGGGAAGAAGUAAAUUACAUUCGCGACAUUUGUGUGAAGAUGGUCGAUUACUGGGGAGUCAAGCCUUUUGCGGAUUUUGUCGCCGUACCAGCCUUUGACCCACCAGUUGAAGCCACGGUCCAAACUUGAAGAUCACAGAAGAAGUUUUAUUAUA